AUGCUGACCUCCUCACUAUGGGGUUGGGUUGCUGCGCGGUAUGGCUUCGACAUCGUGUUGGCCAUCACCUUGACAUCUCUCCUGACUGGUGGGCUUUUGUUUGGUUUUUGCAAAUCCCUGGUCCUUGCCAUGCUAGUCCGUUUCAUGUUCUUCGGUCUGCUGCACGGCUGGGUUGCAAUCAUGGGCCCCUACUGCGCCAGCGUCGCGGGCGACAAGCGCCAGCAGGAUGUCAUUGGCAUAGUCAUCGCAGCAGGAACAGGGAUGCAGCUUGUGGGACCUGCGAUCUCAGGGUGGACCUACGACCUCGUUCCCAGUUUUCCAGCACUUGUUCCAAGCCUACUUGGAGCAUCCCUGGGAUUGGUGUCAGUCUCCUUAUUUUGCUUACUGCGACUUAGGGACAAGAAGGCCAAGGCUCAGGCGGAGGCAGAGCCCUCUCAACAGGCUGAGAAAUCAUCCAAGGAGGAAACCGUGAAUUCCAGGAACUCGAUCAUGCACACGCUCCGCAGGUGUCCUAUCCCACUGAUCGUAUUCAUGCGCUUUAGCCAGGGAUUCGCUCAAUUCGCCAUCUUCGAAGUUGUCCCACUUUGGCUCAUUUCGGACAGAGCUGUGGGAGGCUUGAACAUGUCUGAGAAACAGGUGGGUGUGUUACUUGCUCGCUCUGGAUUGUGGAAUAUCUUCUACUUCUCCUUGGUGUUGCCCAGAUUGUCUGCAAGGCUAGGUGGAAGAUGCACUUCCAGCAUCGUGAGUAUUUUUGGCAUCAUCUUCUCCAUCUUGUUGCCAUUCUGCACCACUGAGCUAACAGCCAACGUGACGCACUUGCUUGCCACGUCUGCCUGCUUAUCGCAAGCUGCCUUGAACAUCGCCUUUACAAACAACUCUGCUGGUCAAGCAGAUCGGGCCAUUGUAAGCGGCGUUGCCGUGACGUUGGACACAGUCGGCAAGGCCCUUGCUCCGAUAGUGACAUCCACAGUCUUCGCGUGGUCCAUCAGUGCUUUCGGGAUGGCAGGUCAUGGACUUGUCUUCUACAUUCAGGCGGCGCUCUCGUUGGUGAACCUCCUUUGCACAGCGCUGCUGCCUUCUUCUGUGGAGAACGACCAGCAGGCUCAUGUUGCUGGCAACUUGGAGUCCAGCGAGGGAACGAUCUACGGUGCGUCAGAGAGCUGCGAAAGCUCGGAGGGCAGUGCUGAGACUGGCAGAUGUUGA